AUGGAGAACACAAAAUUGUUACUUCUCUUUCUUUUCUUCUUCUCGAUCAAUCUUCUACCUUCUACACUCGCUAUCUGGCUCACGCUACCUUCCUCUGGUACCAAAUGCGUUUCCGAAGAAAUCCAGAACAACGUCGUCGUUUUGGCCGAUUAUGUCGUCGUUCCCGGUGAUCAUACCCUAUCCCCCACUCUCGCCGUCAAGGUAACAUCACCAUAUGGAAAUAAUCUUCAUCAUAAAGAGAAUACAACACAUGGGAAUUUCGCAUUUACUACUCAAGAGACUGGGAACUACCUGGCAUGCUUUUGGGUGGAUGGUGGUAAUCCAAAAGGUGGUGACGUUAGUGUGAACCUUGACUGGAAAAUCGGGAUUGCAGCCAAGGAUUGGGAUUCAGUUGCUAAGAAGGAGAAGAUUGAGGGAGUUGAGCUUGAGCUGAAAAAGCUAGAAGGAGCAGUGGAAUCUAUCCAUGAGAAUUUGCUCUACCUGAAGGGAAGGGAAGCAGAAAUGAGGAUCGUGAGUGAAAGAACAAAUGGCAGAGUGGCAUGGUUUAGUUUAAUGUCAUUAGGUAUCUGCAUUGCAGUUUCAGUUUUACAAUUGUGGCAUUUGAAGAGAUUUUUCCAGAAGAAGAAGCUUAUAUAG